UUAUAAUUAAAGAGCAUAAAUAAUUUUUAUCUGCAGUAUUUUACAAUUACUUUUUCGUGCGCAUUGCGUAGUGUACAUUUGAUAUUUUGAAGUAAAACUGCAUUUGAAAUACUUUUAAUAUUAGUAUUUAGACUACUCUCAACGAAAUGACCUGAAAGCAUGACAAGUGAAGAGGAGUUUGAAGUGGAAAAACUAGUCGAAAAGACUAUUUAUAAGGACCAAGUUUACUAUCGAGUUCGCUGGGUGGGUUACACGGAGGACAGUGACACGUGGGAACCCGAGUCAAAUUUGGAGCAUUUAAAAGAGAAGAUUGAUGCCUAUGAAGAAUCGGUUGCUCAGAAAAUUUUUUCGCCCGAUACUAAAUCGAGGCUUGGAAGGUCAGCGAAAGCUAAAGGAAAGCCUAAAGAUAGAAGGAAAGAAACUGAAAAAAUAGCCAAGAAUUCUACUGGAUAUAAAAGAAAGCAAGAUAGAGCAAGCCAAAAUGAAACUUGUGCAAAAUAUCCCAGAAAGGAGGGCAAAAAGAUUUCUUCCCAUGUGACUGAGGAAUUUGAAAAGAAACAACUAGCUGCCGACAUAAAAAAAAACAAAGAAAGUGUCUUAAUGGCAAGUAAAAAGGACUGGACGGAAAACAGCAAUCCAGAUCUUGUUAGUAGUAGCAAAAGAGGAGAACGAACGACAAACAAGAGCAGUGUUAAAUGUGAUGAUCAGAGUAUAAAAGUUGGUAAUCUGUCAAAGAAUAGUAAUAAUGACAAAAAAGUAAACGAACUAGAUACAACUGAAAUCCGCAAGAACUCAAACACUAGUAACUUUGAUCAGCAGUCGAAACUUGAUAAAACGUACAGCACAGAUACCGCUUCUAAAAAUACUAGAUCAGUCAAAUGCGAUCAUUUAGUGCCCCCUAAAAAGCGUAAUCGACAGCAUUUAAAUUUAUCUCAGAUAUUCAACACGGCGACUGAAAGUCAGCAAAAUAUUGACACGGCUAAAACACAGUCAAUUAAUAAUUUCGAAAGUACAAAAAAUCUGUCAUCUACUCAAGUCCAAACACCACCAGGAGAAAAUAAUAAACGUAUCAACAAACGAACUAGAACUAGCACAAAUAGAAAAUCAAAGAAAAAUACAAAAGCUGUACAAGAUAAUGAUCACCAAAGGAAAAACAACCUACGAAUCAGCACCCGAAAAAGUUCUAGAAUUAGCGAAUUAGACGAUUCGUCUUGCCACACCGAUACAACAGAUGACAGAAGUAGUGUACUUUCGAAUAAAAGUACAAAAAAGUAUAGUUCAAGGCGGAAAACAACACUCUUGAACAAAAUAGAACAUACAUACGAAGAAGAAAAUGACGAAGCUGAAUAUGAAAUUGACCAUAUUGUUGAUAAGCAAGUUGUGCAUGGUAUUUCGUUGUAUUUGGUACGAUGGAAGGGUUACACUAAAGAUGAUGACACUUGGGAGCCUUAUGAUAAUAUUUCCCAUUUGUCUUCAGUUAUUGAAAGUUUUGAAAAACGAUCAGCCUCUAUGCAGAAUGUACCUGGUGAAAAUACAUUUGGAAGAAAGCUACUUGAACGUUUACAAGCAGAAGACAGCUCUGACUCCGAUUGUGAAGGGACACCUAAGCGAAGGCCUUUGGAAUCCUCCAAGAAUGACUUGCGAAAGGCAAAAGGGAAAAGAAGUGAAUCUGAAAAGAUCGAAACUUUAUCAUCCAAAUCAAUCUCUGCACUUAAAAAUUCUGAUGCUGCAAUUAAAAAUACCCCAAAGCAAAGUUUAGAGGAGCAAAAAUUGGAAAAAAAUGCUCAACCAAAAAGAAAAAUGCAGCCAAAAAAACUUGAUUCAUUUUCUAAAUUAGAUACAGGUGUUGAUAUGGUUGAAAACGUUCCAAAUAAAGUCAUUCAUCAGCAAACAUCAGAGCAAGUAGUUCCUUCAAGAGGAAAUAAACACAAACAGGUAGAGCAAACAGAUGCUUUGAAUGAUGGUGUAAACAGUCCUGCGAUAGAUCAGCCCUUAAGAAAAACUUCAUUAGGGGAAAAGGAAAUUGAACAACUAGAGGAAGAGAGUACUACUACUAUGUCAUCAAUUGCAGGCAGUUUUGAUUCUAAUGCUAAAAAAAUAUUGAAUCAAAACAACAGUCCAUCUUAUGUUUCUUCUGAAACAAGAAAGCUUAUACCAAAAGAAAAAGAAAGUGAACAAGCAAAAACAGCUAAUACAUGCAAACCAACAGAUGUCGACAAUUCCAAUUCUACACAUGAAAAAUCGUUCAAUCAGUGUGCAUCUACGACAGAGGCUUCAUUAAAAGAAAAAGAAGACCCGAUACAAAAAGACACCAUACAGAAGUUAUCUACUACUGAUAGCAUUUCUACACUGCUUCAAACAUCAUGUAACAAUGCUGAUGAGUCUGAAGCUACAAGUGAAACUCUCGCAACCGAAAAAGAACCGCCAGCAUUAACAGAAUUAGUGGAUGAAUCUAUUUCACUAAAUACUGAUGAAAUAAAGUUGGUGCAUCAAAAAGGGCCAAUGCAGAAUACCAAUUCAAGCGCAAAUUUGAGAAAAUUUUUAACAAAUAUUGAUGAAAAAAUAUUUGAACCAAUUGUUCAGAAGUUGAACACUGAAAAGAAAGAGAAAAAGAACGUCCCAAUAACUACUUCUCCGAAAACGGAAUCAGCAGCCCAAGUGGAGUCUCAAAUAAAUAGUCAGAGACAAGAAAACGAGGCAGUCGUUCUAGACUCACCGAAAAGUCUCUGCACCAACUUAAAGUCUAACCCUGAAUUACAUAAACAGAUUACCAAGUUGGAGUUUCCAGUUGUUACUAAGAUUCAUCUAAACAAUCGAGAAAUUGAAAACCUGAAGCAGCAUACUACUCCCAAAAAAUUUUUAUCAAAUGAAGAGAAACCUAUUAUAAUAGAUGAUUCAGAUUCGGAUGAGCAGUCUCCUGGAAGUCCAAGUUCUACACCCAGCGCUCGUGACAUCCCUACUGGCUUUCAGAGUUCUGAGUUGCAUCUACAAAUGGAAAAUGAGUCGAAAAAUAAAAUAGAUGCAAGUGCCUCUGAAGGAAUUUUUAAUACAGAACAGGACAUUCCUUCUCCCACAACUAUGCCUUCCAACAAAGCAGGUAUUGAAACAGAAAGCUGUAUAAACAAUGCAUCGACUGCACACCUGACAACUAAAGAGCUAGACGAUUUGGAUUUAGAAACACUGAAAACUCUAGAUACAGAAACGCUACAAAACUUGAAUCCAGAAAUACUUCCAAAGAUGCCAAACAGCCAAACUAAUACGGAAACGGGGGCAGAGGUAGCCGCUAGGUGCAGUUCAAGUUCAUCGAAUAUUAAUAACGAGACAACAUUUGAGGGGAAUAAUUCAAAGAGUCAUGUUGAUGAAGAAGUUUCGAAACAAGUUUAUACCAUUAGCUUAGAUAAGUCAGAAAAGUCUAAAAGUAUGCAAAGCCAAGAAAUUAAAAGUGAUGUCGCAUCUGAUUACAGCUCUCCAGUAGUAAACAGUACAAUGCUCCAAACUACAACAAACAAAACCUUUCAGAAACAGGUAAACGAAAAUGUGAAAAUUGUGACAUCUUCUCUAAACCCUAUUAAACCAAACUCAACUACAAUGACUGCAAAAUGCAUUACUAUUCCUUCAAAAUUAGUUGCGAACGUAAAAAAGUUGGUGAAAAAAAAUAAUUUUGAGCCUUUGAAUAAUGAACCAGGAGAGAAGUGCAUUUCGCCAAAGGUCACUGGUAGCAGAACAAAAAUAAUAGAUAAAAAACAACUUUUUGAUUCUAAUCAAGCAGUGCAGAUAAGAAAAAGAACGAUAGUUGUAACAAAUGCUGCCUCUGUUAGUGACCCAUGUGAUAUCGAACAUAUGAUUCCUUCGGUAAAAAUACUUCAACCUGAAACUCAAACUGUUGCCUCCUCUGCUUCUACUAAAAUUGUGCAAAGUAAUAUUACGCCUGCUGAUUUGGCACAUCUAGUUGAAACGGGAGUUCUUAAGGAUAAUCAAACGUUUGCUGGAACUAGUUACGCCAUAGUUAAACCUGCAACCACCGCAAUAGCCUUUAAAACUGCUCCUAAUACCAUUCCUGUGACUAGGGCGAAACCUCUUAACUGCAAUUUAGCGACAGUUAACAUAAGAAAUAUAUCACCUAACUUAGUUUCAGGUCAAAACAUGGUAAAUAGAAUUCCAAAUCAAAAGGGUAGAGUAUCAGAAAUUUCUAAACUACGAGCCUCCCUUGCGGCUGAAGCUUCAACUCCCUACCAUGUGGGAAGCACGCUAAGCAUUCAACAGCCUCUGUUAGUGAAACGGCUGACUAAUUCGCCAUACAAUUUGAAUCAGCAAAGCUAUGUUAUCGCUUCAGACAAAGAAGGACAAAGAUAUAACUAUAACCAAAAUAUUGGAUUACAUAAUAUUCGAUCCACAACUAAUUUGAAUGAUAAUUUUCGCCUAGUGUCAAUACCCUACCAAGAAAGACACCGUCCCAGAAUGAGAAUGCCUGUUUCCAGCUCAAUAUCUCCAAUCUUAAAUUCACCAAUUCUGAAGAAAGACCAAACUAGCACCAGUGGAAGAGAAUACUCCAGCAGACCUUUAAAAAAAUUUGCUAUCUCGACUCCAAAAAUAUACAGAAAAUUACCAAGACCAGAAAUUGCGAAACUUCCAAGCACAGUUAAAGAAAUUUCAUCUAACAUACAUUCAAGAUUCAUCCAUAAUAUAGAUAAUGUACCUACUACAGUUGUAACUUUAGGUAAACCGCAAUCUUUUCCAAACUCAGCAGUUAAUACCUCUGUAGUUGAUGAAUUAACCUUGGUCGACGGUAAUCCCAUAGAAAACACCAAAAGUUUAUCUAUAAACCAGCAAACUUCUGCUCAGUUGGUCUUGACUCCUGAUGUUCCUAAUAAAUCUAAUUCAGCCACGUGUAGCGGACCUGACGUUGUAAAUUUUCCUACCGUAACUAAACCAGAUGAACUAUCAAAAGAUUUAAACAUAUCUGCUCCAACUACUCAACCUGAUUCAAGUACUCCCAAUGAAAACCUCCUUGAUUUACUGUCAGCAAUAGACGAAAUGCAACCUUUACCAUCAGACAACAGCGCCCUUAAUCAAACCCAAUCCAUAACCAACGAUCAUGAUUUAACUAAUCCAUUUGAUGAUUCGAACAAUCAUAUGGAUAAUAAGAAUGAUUCUAAUUUGGACUAUUCUUUCAAUCAAUAUUGCCCAGAUCCUUUAGAGAGCUUAUUCCUGAAUCAAGCAUUAGCAAACGAUGACUUGGAGGAUGUAGCGAAGUAUAGAACGCCAUAUAUUGAAAAUUCUGCUCAUGCAGAUUCCAAUUUUUCGCACUCCAACCCAAGCGACUGUCAAGGGAAAAUUACAAGACGCAAUGACAUUGAUCAAACUGGCGGGUCAUAUUGCCUGAAUACGCCAACUACUAAUCAAAAAUAUCAAAUUCCUCAGACCUCUAAUGAAAACGAAACCUAUUCUCAAGAUUAUUUAAAUGAUCCUCCUUUUAUACAAAAUCCCCAAAAUCAAUUUGAAACAGGUGAUACUACUCAGGUUUCAGAGAACGUGGGUGAGAUAUUAAGUAAUGUUGAUGAAUCUUCUUGCGUACCAACAAAACCUAGCACAGGCUCUGAAACAUUUCAGAAUUUGGAGCAAUCUUUUCAUGUUCCAUUAAAUUCUACCGACAUUGGUGUAACAGCCGAAACAAAUAUAUCUAACAAUGUCCAUGAACAACGCCUUAACCCUGGUAUGGGGCAGACUUUAGAUAUCGAGAGAUCUCAAAUUGAUACAGAAUUUCAAAGUCCCUCAACUAGCAUCAUAAAGACUUUUUCUCAUGACAACAAUUUAACUCCAACCGAUUUAGUUGAUUCAACCCAAACAACAGAGAAUGUUGCUUUAAAUUUUGAAGAAAAUUCUGUAUUUCAAGACACAAAUGCCCCCGCUAUAUCGAAAAACGACUUUUUAAACGUGGCUCCUAAUUUAUCAGCUAUCAGUGAAAUCCCUCAAAUGAUAAAGGAAUCAGGAGAUUGCAUGCCUACAAUUGUUACUCCAGAACAGAAAAGUAUUGAAAUCGGAUUAAACAAUGCUGGAAGUAGUCUCUUUUCCGAAGAAAGUCAUGUUGGUGGUUUUGAUCAGAACAUGAAAUUUCCUGAAACUCCUGAAAUUGACUUAAAUAUAACAGAGAAUCCUACGAUUAAAUCUAAUAAAAAAGUGAAAAGCGGAAAAGGCAGAAAAAAGAAGGAUAAUCUAGAUAAGAAUACUUCCUCAAAGAUGGAUUCCAGUGCCUCUCUGGUUGCAAAUGAAAUACCACCUGAAGCUAAACAAGUUCCAAAAGCUAAAUCAACUAAAAAAAAGUCUCAAAAGGCAGUCAAAAACGCUUCAAAAAAAUCUGAAAAAUCCCAAAAACAUGAGAUUGAGGAAGAAAAUAACUCAGUGAAUACUGCUGUUAGUCCUAAUAUUCAGAAUGAACAAAUCGAACCGUCUCAGAAAGACAUAGAAGACAAGGAUGCUGAACUAAACAGGGCCAUAGAAUCCAUUCUUGACAAUCAAAGCAACUCAUGGAUGGAUCUGAGCGAUUUCGACAAUCCAGAAAUUCCAAAAUACCAGAAUUAUGAUCAAUCUGCAAUGUCAGCCGGAAUCAUGAACGAAACUGAGGAUUUUAAUGAUGGUUCUAUAUUAAUAAAAAUUCCGGAUGCAGAUCAAGUUGAAUGUAGCAAUGUUGUGCAAGAAACAGCCAUUAAUGAACUACAACACACUUCGCAGGUAGAAAAGCAUUCUGAUGAACAAUACAAAUGCAACUCGAGCAUUCCGAAGGAAAACUUAUCCAAAUUAGAACAAAUAGAUAAUCCUGUAGUUCAAUGUAUUAAAAAUAAGGAAGAUAUAGAAUCAAGUUCUGUCAUUGAAUCUUUUGAGACAAAUAAAGAAGAUACCAGGAAUAAAGGCUUGUUAGAAGGAAUCGCAAACUCUACAACGAGAGGUUUAAAUAUUACUGAGAUGGAGAAUGGUGUUAAUGAUAUACCAUUCAAAAACGGAGAACUUGCAAAUGAAAGAUCCUCGUUACCUAUUCCCAACCUCGAAGACAACAUCGAACCUAAAAAUAGUGAAAAAAAAAAAUUCCAGGGGCUUGAUAAAGAACUAAACGAAGAAAGAAUGAAUCAACAGGUUUAUAAAAGGAAUUCUGAAGAUCUCCAUAAAUUAGAGGCAAAGACUGGAAACAAGACUCCUUUGAUAUCUACAGAAAAUAUGUCAUAUCCAAAAAAUCACUUCCACGAUACUCCGUCCCUAUGUACAGUUGCUGAGCCAUCGAAUAGUUCCCCUCAACGUGUUAAUUUAAAUGAAAAACAAAGGCCUUCAAGUGACCUAUCAGACUCUCAAACUGAAGGAAAUAAUUGCGAAACACACACUUCUACACAAGACAAUAUAAUGACAGCUUUUGAGACAAACCUAUCGCAUACUAAUGAUCAAGAGAACGCUUCUUCAGAAUCUUGGGGACUUCUUGAUAGUUCAUCUGCUAACUUAAAAAUUACUUUCAGAAAGAAAGGAUAUACAGUAGACAAAUUAUCAAAAUUUAAGAAGGAAGAUAUGAUGCCCUUAUAUGAAAGUUCCGAUACGGAAUCGACAAGUGUAUCGGAAAGUGUUGAAAAACAUGAAACUAGUAGUCCGAUUAAACCAAGAUUCAGCAGAGGAAAGGAUAUUAGGAUGCAAAUGCAAAAUUUUUUGCCUGACUUGACUAGUGAUUCAGAUGUUGAACCAUCGAUUCCUUUCAGAAGUCCCAUGGAUAGCUGCAAUUCCAAUGACUCUGCGCCAUGUAAUCAGUUUAGUUCUGCAUCUCCGAGACCUUCAUCGCCAGGUUUAUCUGUAAGAGAUCAAUCAGCAAAAAUAUCUCAUAUAGCCCAGCCACAAUUUACUUCUUCACACCCCCAAGCACCAGUUGAUAAUUCAAAGAUUCUAUUGCAAACAGCUACUCCAAACGUUUUAAAAACUCCAUCUCCAGGAAAAUCACAAGAAACGCUAUUACGAGCUGCUUUUUUGGAACUCUCUGCCUCGUCAGCAUCUUCGUCUUCAUCAGCAUCUUCAUCUUCGUCUUCAUUAGAUUCUUCCAAGUCAUCGCCCAUACCAGCAUCACGGAAAUCAGCUACCUCGGUUGAAACGCUGGCGUCUGUUCCCAAUAAAUCACCCCCUCUGAUAUCAGUUCAAACUGAACUACCAAGCUGCCCCCCAUCUAACCCUUCUCCAAAGAUACUUGUACAGUCUAGAAACUCUCCUUUAUCAAGACCAUCAACAUUACCAUUAAUAAGCUGCCUGUCAGAGUCAAAAACUCCACCCAAAAAGAAAAUUAUACGCUCCCUAUUUUCCCCGGAAUCAGACUCUCUACCUCCGUCAUCUCCCGAAAUAUCUUUGCAGUGUCCGAGCACUUACAAAAUUCCUUACAAAAAAGACUCGAACAGUGAUACUAGAGCAUUAGAGGCGUCAAACGAGACACACUCAAAAUUGACAACAAACGAAGAUUUGAAUCUCAGUGACGAAAGUUCUUCCGUUUGUCAUUUUCAAUAUGAUAGCUCCCAAGAUCAUCCUAUCGUAAAACUAAAAAAGAAACUUCCCACUUUUCAAAAGCCUCAAAUAAGAGAUCACAAAAAAAUUCAAGCUUUAAGUGACACAGACGAUGAAGCAGAAUCACAAGGCAAAACUAAAACUGUUUGUCCUAAAAGGAAAAAGCGAACUGAAAAAUCUUCCACAACAGAACAAAAAGACAAAUCUUUUAUCGCUGAGAAGGUAAAGAAGAAUAGAAGCAUAUUAUUCUCAUCAUCGGACUCAUCAUCAGACUCAUCAUCAGAUUUGUUAUCAGACACCGGUAUACAACCGAAAGAAACUUCAAUUAGUACUUUUUCCUAUCCCUAUAACAUAAGUAAGAGAGAUUUAUUCGGAGAAGACAGUGAAGAGACGGAUCAUGCUGAAAAGUUACCGAUUACUAGUCCAGAAGUGAACAAAAAGUUAAUGGUUAAUAAAUCUGAAACUAGAGACAAGUUAACGAAAUCAAGCAGUAAAAAUACAAAAAAAGAUUACGCCAAAGCCGAGUCUGAAAAAGAUAAACAACAAAAUGGUCGUUUUGAAGAUUCAAAAGCUCCUAGUGAAAAUAAAUCUGUUGUUCCGCCACAUAAAAACACUUUUGGUAGCGAAAAUGAAGAAAAGCGAAAUACUUCAAGAAGCAAAAACGAAAAAAUUACUGAUUCGAAAGAUAAAUCUACUGAAGGAAUUAAAAUGAAUACCAAGAAGGAAAAAAGUAUUGAAUCAGAACAAAAACACAAGUCUUUAAGAUUGACAAAUGACUACAGCACAGAUCAAAAACCGAAACAUAGCUCAUCACAUAAAAAAGCGGACGAACGUAUUAAGAAAACGUCAAAAGAUACUAAGAAAUCAUGGAAAGAUAUAGCUACUAGGAAAACGUCAAAAGAUGGGGCUAUCCAAAAGUCGACAGAGGAGGAAGCUCUCAAGAAAGCAUCGAAAGUUCAAGAUAUCAAGAAGGCAUCAAAAGACGGAACUAUGAAUGGAACGCUAAGAGAUAGAGCUAUUAAAACACCGUCGAAAGAUGAAGCUCUCAACAUAUCAUCAGACAAAGAACUUGACAAGAACAACAAAAAAGAUGAAUCCAUAGAACACUCACGUGAGCUUCGUACAAACAGUCAAUCCGACAAGAGUCAAAGUGAAAAGAAGCUUGAUAAAUUCAAGCAAAAAAGAGAUUUAGCGAGGAAAUAUACGAUUGAAAAUGAACAGAAGAUAUAUGGUACUAUAUUCGGCAAUUUUUCCAUAUUUGAUAAGGAAUCAAAUUCUUAUCAGACUCUUUAUAAACACAACAAAGAAACAUUAGUCGGAAGAAAACUGCAGCUGGAAGUUGUAGAUCAGCAAAAAAAGAUGGCAUCCUUAGCUCUGAAUAUUGAACGACUUCCUUGGCAUGCGGAACAUAUAUCAAUGAAUGAUGGGCUUGUACUAAAAAAAAAUCCAUUUAUGAAUUACUUUUUAGGAAUGAUGAUAGAAUCUUCAUUUAGUGACCGCUUUAAAAUCCAAAAAACCUUGGUGAGUAUAUCUGACUUGGAGGUAAAAUCUCACAUGCAUUACACUUUGUUUUUUGAAAUGGAUGAAGCAACACUUUUUGGAAAAAAGGAUUCAGUAGAAGUUGUCUUUUUUACAGAAAUGUUAAACGAAUCACAGCUAACCAGUCUUGUCAAAUAUCCAUUUUUGGACGUUGUGCUAAAUGGACAUUCAGUAGAUCGGUUUCCAUCUCCUCAUUUAGCUUAUUGGUUGCCAUUUCCUGUGUGUGGAUUAAAUCGACUAGAUUUUUUCACAGACUUUAACAUACCAACAAACCCCUUCACAAUAUUUGGUUUCACUAUGAUUAAAUGUGAUAAAUAGUGAAUAAUGCUACAUGCAAUGUAUAAGAAAACUUUAUUAUUGAACAUAUACAUUUGUUUAAAAAGAAUUGUUUGUUAAGCUGUAAAAAUUAAUAAACUAUAGGCUUUCUCUUGAAUUAAAAUUAUGUGCUAUAUUAUAUAAACC